UUGCGAUGUUUUACCUUAAAAACAUUUUGUCGCAACGUUCGUCGCAAGGUAAACAUUUAAACAGUCGUUUUACCGUUUCAUACGCAUUGAGAUCAGGACGCGGGACAAUAACCAAUAGGAUGAUUUUAAAUAUGUCUAUAAGAAAAAAGGUCGUGGCACACAACUAAUCCCUUUUACUACCAUGGCGUCGUUUGCUACUUUACUGUUACCUAAUAAGUUAUUUUGAAAGAGGGGACGGAGUUUGUUUCCUGCAUGAAACUGGGAAAUUUUUCUAUGAUAGCAUUGGCGUACUUUCCCAUCUGCAUAUAUUGUGACUGGAAGGAACGGCGCGGCAUGUGGCAUAUUCAACACGUAGCCUCGAUCCGCCAGCUCAAAGACUACGUUAUGACCAGCAUACUCUUCCCAACGACAAUGUUCGCUGACCUUAUGUUCUGGCGCAUUUGGCACAAGGACUUGAGCCUGAUAGCGCCGCUGAGGAUAUUCACUUACUUGCCCUAUUGGGCACAGCACUCCCUGCAUACAGUCUCCAUGCUCAUCAUGCUACUGGAUCUGCUCCUCGUGCCGAGACGUAGACCGAACAAUCUCAAACCUGGGAUUUGCCUUAUGAUGGCAUUUAUGUUAACAUACAUGGCGAUGUGCGGCAUCAGUUUUCUAAACGGUGAAGUUGUUUACUCAGUGUUCCAAAUAUUUGAUUCAUUCAAACUGUUUUUGUUAGCGAUAAUGGUAAUAUUAGAAUGUUUGUUUUUCUAUUUGGUGCAGUGGUACAUAGUUGAUUUUGUGUGGUGUCCACAAAGCUACGAUGGCACAAAUGGAAAGAAACUAAAGGCUCAGUGAAGAGUUAUCCAAAUUGGGUUUUAUGACAGUAGAGAACGCCAACGCCUGACCUGCGUCAUGUCAUGCCAAUCGAUUACUCAGAGAUACACGAAAUGAUUUCUAGUACUUAUAAAAAUGCAAGGGACAGAAUCAAUGAUGGAAUACCGUUUUAUGCUUUAUCGAUGUCCAAGUUGAGAGAUUAAUUGAUAAGUAAUAUUAUCAUUAUUUUAGUAACUCGCACAGAUAUGCAUAUUUGCACAGAUACGCCAAAGUCUGCUUGUUAUCGGCGACCUAAUGCUACAUUUCUUUUUCGAUUUGUGAACGCUCAAAUUUAUUUACCGUCAUACCGAGUCUUCCUGCCAUAGAUGAACAUUGUGAAAAAACAUUGAGUGAUAUUGUGUUGAAUUAUUAGUGUAUGUAUGUAAUUUUUACCUAAGAUAUAAAGUUAUAUAAUUUUUUUUUUAGACAUGGAUUAAUUUUAUCUUGAUAGGUUUGCAAUUUGUUAUCGCGGUCGAUUACAAAUUAUGACGCUUGUAAUGAUAAUCUCAAAUAAACUAAUUUUAAGCAAUGUCGCCUUGUUUCUACUGAAUUACAUUUAGAUGUAAUAGAAAUAUUAAAUACUGUAAACGCCUUA